AUGGAUGAUGAUUUUCUUGCUGAACAUGUUCUACCUUUAAUAAAUCUACAUAAUCAAGAUGUAGAUAUAUUAAGUGAACAAAUGAUUGCUUCGAUUGAUAAUAAAAUUCUGCAUUCAGCAUCAUCAUUGAUACCAGAAACCGAUUCAGAAAUAACAUUAAAUGCAACAAAUGAACAUGUUGAAUUAACAAGUAAAUUUUUUAAUAAUUCUCAAUUUUCCGAUAUUCGUCUUCGUGUUGGUACAAAUAUUUAUUAUGCGCAUAAAUUUAUUUUGGCUAAAUCAAGUGAUGUAUUUGCUACACUUCUUUAUUCGCAACAUUGGACAUCAAAUCAAUCAGAAAUUUUACUUGAAGAACAAGAUGAAUGUCAAGGAGAUGUUUUUGAAAAAUUUCUUAAAUUUUUUUAUACAGCAAAAGUCACACUUCAUGAAUCUAUUAUCAUUGGUUUAUUAUGUCUUGCAGAUAAAUAUAAUGUACAAUCUCUUCGUAAUUUAUGUACACAAUAUAUGAUAAUGAAAGCUAAACCUCCUAAUGUUCGUAAUGGUAUUGCAUGGUAUUCUGUAGCUAAACAAUUUUCUCUUGAUGAUUUACGUAAUGUUUGUAUUAAAACUGUUGCUUGGAAUAUGGAAUAUCUAUUAUCUAAUAUAAAUCAAAAUGAAUGGUAUCAAUGUGAAUUUGAUUUUAUUCGUGAUCUUCUUUCAACAUCAAAUCUUGUUAUUACAAAUGAAUAUCGUUUAUAUACAUCAUUAAGUGAUUGGCUUUUAGCACGUUCAUCUGAUAAUCUUAUAUUAUCAUAUGCUUGUGAACUUUUACCAUUAAUACGUUUUUCACAAAUGUUACCUAUACAAUUAUAUCAAAUUGAACAAUCAUUUUUAUAUCAAAAAAAUAAUAAUCAACAAAUUCAAGAUUUACUUAAACGUUUAUUAUAUCAAGCUUAUCGUUUUCAUACAUUAGCAUCAUUAAGAAGAGAUAUUGAUAAACCAGAAUUUUUACCAUUAGAAUGGUAUUUACCACGAGAAUAUACAGAAAUGAAUAUAACUGAUCGUGUUGAUAUUCAAUCAACACUUCGUUUUGGUAUUCAAGUUGAUGUUCAAACAUGUUCAUCACCUGUUCCAUCGACUGAACGUACUGCAGAUUGGAAAAUUGUUUAUCGUAAACGUAGUCAUGAUAAAUGGACACUUAAAAUACAUCGACAUGAUGCAUUAAAUGAAACUCAUGCACAAGUAACAGCAAUUAUUUAUGAUUGUGAACGACGUGUUUUACAAGUUGAUCAAAGUGAAACAUUUAUAUUUACAAUAUCAAAUCAAUAUGAUCUUGAAAUUGUUUUGAAUAAUCCAUAUGAAGCUAAAGAAUUAUAUCUUCUUAUAAAACCUGUUAUUUCUUAA